AUGAGGAAGCCCAGGCUGGGUGGCUGCGGUCUCCUCCAUGGCUGUGUCUCGGUCUCCCCUGUGCUGCUGUUCUUUCUGCUGCUUGCGAGCUCUUGGAGGGCGGCUGCGCAGGCUCAGCAGGCGCCCCAGACUGAUCCGGUUGAAGCGGCGGCGGUGAACGCGAUCCUGAGCAAGCUGGGGCUGAGCGCGCCGUCAUCGUGGAACAUCAGCGGGAACCCCUGCAGCGGCGCGGCGACGGACGACACAUCCAUCGACGACAACCCGGCGUUCAACCCGGCCAUCAAGUGCGACUGCUCCGACCGAAACAACACGCUCUGCCAUGUCACCAGGCUGAAGAUAAACACGCUGGACGCGGUUGGCCCCAUACCAGAGGAGCUGCGGAACCUCACUCACCUCGUUAAGCUGGACUUCAGGAAAAAUUACUUCUAUGGGCCAUUACCAGCCUUCAUUGGAGAGCUAACUGCUCUGGAAUCAAUGACUGUGGGAAUCAAUGCACUAUCUGGACCUGUCCCAAACGAGCUUGGAAAUCUUACCAAUCUCUUAUCACUGGCAUUGGGCUCAAAUAAUUUUAACGGCACACUUCCUGACGAGCUGGGGAAACUGACAAAACUUCGACAAAUAUACAUUGAUAGUAACGACUUCAGUGGUCCUCUGCCAUCGACAUUGUCCCAACUGAAGAAUCUGUCAAUCUUGUGGGCAUCAGACAAUAAUUUCAGUGGGCAGAUUCCUGAUUAUCUCGGGAGUUUGACUAACUUGACCCAACUGAGGCUCCAAGGGAAUUCUUUUCAAGGCCCCAUUCCGACAAGUCUUUCUAAUCUUGUCAACUUAAAAAAAUUAAGAAUAGGCGAUAUAGUGAAUGGAAGCUCUCCACUGGCAUUCAUUGGCAACAUGACAACUUUGGGUGAACUAGUGUUGAGGAAUACGAAGAUAUCUGAUACACUAGCAUCAGUAGACUUCUCCAAAUUUGUAAACUUAUACUUAUUGGACCUGAGUUUCAACAAUAUCACAGGACAAAUACCUCAAUCAAUUUUGAAUCUUCCGUCUCUUAGUUAUUUAUUUCUAGGGAAUAAUAGCCUUUCAGGAAGUCUGCCUGCCACAAAGAGUCCCUCACUGACCAAUCUAGAUUUUUCAUACAACCAUAUCUCAGGAAACUUUCCUUCUUGGGCUACUGAGAAAAAUUUGCAAUUGAAUUUGUUGGCAAACGACUUUGUGAUAGAUAGCUCCAAUAACAGUGUUUUGCCAUGGGGAUUGGACUGUCUUCAGCGCAGUACUCCCUGUUUCCUCGGUUCUCCAAAGUCUGCCUCCUUUGCGGUGGACUCUGGUGGUAGUAGAGCAAUAUCAGGUUCAGAUAAUUCCAUCUAUCAGGCUGAUAAUGCUAACCUUAGAGCCGCAUCAUACUACGUUGCGGGUGCACCUACAUGGGGUGUUAGCAGCGUUGGAUUAUUCUUGGAUGCAGAUGCACCCAAUGGAAGUUACAUCAUCUACAGUUCACGCCAGUUCGAGAACACCCUAGACUCUGCACUGUUCCAAACAGCAAGGAUGUCACCAUCAUCUCUGAGAUACUAUGGCAUUGGACUUGAGAAUGGAAAUUACACAGUCACACUUCAAUUUGCAGAGGUUGACUUUCCAGACAUGCAGUCUUGGAAAAGCAGAGGGAGGAGGGUUUUCGAUAUCUAUGUCCAGGGAGAGCGCAAGGAGCAGAACUUUGACAUUAGAAAGGCAGCAGGAGGGAAAUCUUUCACUGCUGUUAAGAAGCAGUAUGUUGUUCCAGUAACCAAAAACUUCCUUGAGAUUCAUCUCUUCUGGGCUGGCAAGGGCACUUGUUGCAUUCCUUAUAAGGGAUACUAUGGUCCUGCAAUAUCAGCCCUGAGUGCAACUCCAAAUUUCGUCCCUACAGUCCGUAGUUCAGCAGACAGCAAGAGCAGCCGUAAAACUGGUGUGAUUGUUGGGGUUGUAGUUGGUGUUUCAGUUUUGGCAUUGAUCGCACUGGCCGGAAUCUUCUUAUGGUGUCAGAAAAGGAGAAAGCUAUUUCUAGAGCUAGAAGAAUUGUAUACCAGAGUUGGAAGGCCAAAUGUCUUCAGUUACAGUGAGCUCAGGUCAGCUACAGAGAACUUUUGUUCUAGUAACCUACUUGGUGAAGGAGGAUAUGGAUCAGUUUACAAGGGUAAGUUGAGUGAUGGAAGAGUGGUGGCAGUGAAGCAGCUCUCUCAAUCCUCUAAUCAGGGAAAGAUGCAGUUUGCUGCAGAAAUAGAAACCAUCUCUCGAGUGCAGCACCGAAACCUCGUGAGGUUGUAUGGCUGCUGCCUUGAGAGCAACACACCAUUGUUGGUGUAUGAGUACCUGGAGAACGGAAGCCUUGAUCAAGCGUUGUUUGGAAAGGGAAGCUUGAAUCUAGACUGGCCAACACGAUUUGAGAUAUGUUUGGGCAUAGCAAGAGGUAUAGCUUAUCUCCACGAGGAGUCAACCGUCCGCAUUGUGCACAGGGACAUAAAGGCCAGCAACGUGUUGAUCGAUGCCGAUCUUAACCCUAAGAUCUCCGAUUUUGGUCUUGCCAAGCUCUACGAUGACAAAAAGACUCACGUCAGCACGAAAGUUGCCGGCACGUUUGGUUAUCUCGCGCCUGAGUACGCCAUGAGAGGGCAUAUGACCGAGAAGGUCGAUGUGUUUGCGUUUGGCGUGGUCGCGUUGGAGAUUGUUGCUGGUGAAUCAAACUAUCAGAAUACGAUGGAGGAAGACACGACUUAUAUAUUUGAAAGGGUGUGGGAACUGUACGAGAACGGGCGUCCGCUGGAGUUCGUGGACCCGAAGCUGACGGAGCACAACGGGUACGAGGUCCUUCGGGUGAUCCGUGUGGCGCUCCACUGCACCCAGGGCUCGCCCCACAAGCGGCCGUCCAUGUCGAGGGUGGUGGCCAUGCUCACCGGGGACGCCGACACGACCGAGGACGUGGCGAAGCCGAGCUACAUCACGGAGUGGCAGGUGAAGGUGGCCGACGUCAGCGGCAGCUUCACGAGCAGCCAGGUGGUGUCGUCGUCGACGCAGCCGCAGUCGUCGUCGUCCGGCGGCGGCGUCCAGGCGAGCCCGGAGCCCGGGGACCUGACGCCCGUGGUCCCGUCGCCGCUCUUCACCACCAUCAUCGAUGAAGGCAGGUGA